UUUUGUUUAACGAUUUGUUUUUAUAUUAACUGAAUUAUAUCAGUGGACAAUGAAAGCCAUCAAUUGUCUGAUCGCAGUCUUGUUGUUGUUGGUGUUGUCGGCCAUCAUAUCUGUGGUCAUCAGUGAGCCUUCGAAGAAUUUCUGUCAAGAAUAUGCAAAUAAUGGCCACAAAAUUGAUUUUGCAUUUCGUGUCUUAGAAGACAAAACUUAUGAUAAAACAGAAUCAAACAAAUACUUCUUCAUUGGCAACACUUACUGGCAAUUGACAUACAGUGACGGCUCCGAUAAAACCGUUACCAUUGAUGAUUUGAAAAAUACCGAUGAGUUUAAAUGGUUGACCGGUAAAAAGUACUCCAUGGCCUGGACUAUCCAAAGUUCAAAAUGGUAUUUUGUUUAUCCAGAAAUUAUCGGAGCUCUACAGAAAGAUAUGAAGACUAUUGAUUGGUGGGAAAAGAGUCAUAUUAUAACAUAUUUUUUAAAUUGGAAAUAUUUAAGUACAUCGACAAUAGAUUUUACGUCAAACUUUAAGCCGACACUCGCCUGGACUCCGAUGAAUAUAACUAAAGAUUAUCCAAUCGUAACAUUUAUGGACAACAAUAACAACAACGAUGUGAAGACACGAGUAUAUAAUUUUUCACAUCAUUUUCAUCCGAUUCAUACAAUGAAUACAAACGAUCAGCAAAUGUUUAUUGAAGGAAAACAGGAGAUUCAGAUCAAUAGUAUAACCAAAUUGAUGGCAAUUAUCAGACAGUAUAGUCAGUAUGAUUUUGCCAAUGGAAAUGGUGGUCAAAUGGGUGGUCAGGGAUCCAUUGUGUUCACCAAUGAUGGCGACAAUUCUUCCAUCAAAUACUGUUAUGUGGGAAAUCCAUUCAAUGAGACGGCCUGUAAACCAGAAAAUCUUAAAACACUGAUCGACUGUUCCCUAAAAACAACAACAACAACACCUAAGACAUCAUCCAUAUCAAUGACAACAUCCAUAUCUACGUUAACAACCAUUCCUACACAGACUCAAACUAAUGGUACAAUUAAUUGGUUUAAAUGGUUGAAAACUACAUUAUAUAUUGUGGUUAUUGUAAUCCUAUUGAUAUUCAUUUGUUUGAUGAUAUAUUUGGUUUACAAGCAAUGGUUAAAACGAUGCACAAAAUGA